ACUGUGGGGUCUAGGGGGAGCACGCUGGGCCGGUCGCUGCGUCCUCCUCUCUUCACGUGUCCAAUAUUGUUCUCUCUCAAGUGCAAGUUCUUGCUUAUACCUGAUAUAUACUGGAAGCUGCGUCACGCCACUAACACCGUCACAGCUGGUCCUGGAAGCUACGUCACGCCACUAGCAGCGUCACAGCUGGUCCUGGAGGCUGCGUCACGUCACUAACAGCGUCACAGCUGGUCCUGGAGGUUGCGUCACGUCACUAACACCGUCACAGCUGGUCCUGGAGGCCGCGUCACGUCACUAACACCGUCACAGCUGGUCCUGGAGGUUGCGUCACGUCACUAACACCGUCACAGCUGGUCCUGGAGGCCGCGUCACGCCACUAACACCGUCACAGCUGGUCCUGGAGGUUGCGUCACGUCACUAACACCGUCACAGCUGGUCCUGGAGGCCGCGUCACGUCACUAACAGCGUCACAGCUGGUCCUGGAGGUUGCGUCACGUCACUAACACCGUCACAGCUGGUCCUGGAGGCCGCGUCACGUCACUAACACCGUCACAGCUGGUCCUGGAGGCUGCGUCACGUCACUAACACCGUCACAGCUGGUCCUGGAGGCUGCGUCACGCCACUAACACCGUCACAGCUGGUCCUGGAGGCCGCGUCACGUCACUAACACCGUCACAGCUGGUCCUGGAGGCUGCGUCACGCCACUAACACCGUCACAGCUGGUCCUGGAGGUUGCGUCACGUCACUAACAGCGUCACAGCUGGUCCUGGAGGCCGCGUCACGUCACUAACAGCGUCACAGCUGGUCCUGGAGGUUGCGUCACGUCACUAACACCGUCACAGCUGGUCCUGGAGGCCGCGUCACGUCACUAACAGCGUCACAGCUGGUCCUGGAGGUUGCGUCACGUCACUAACACCGUCACAGCUGGUCCUGGAGGCCGCGUCACGUCACUAACACCGUCACAGCUGGUCCUGGAGGCCGCGUCACGUCACCAUGACCGUCACAUACACACAAAAGGUGUCGGAGUGUCGAGGCUUCGGCUCCUUCUGGCGACUGUUAUUCAGAUGGCGUGGCAGCAUCUACAAGCUAGUGUGGCCAGACACACUCGUCUACUGUCUACUCUACUUCAUCUGCUCUCUUGUCUACAGGUUCGCCCUCAAUGAAGAGCAGCGGAGGACGUUCGAGCACCUCUCCCUCUACUGCGACUACUUCAGGAACCUCAUCCCCAUCUCCUUCGUGCUGGGCUUCUACGUGAGUGUGGUGGUUCAGCGGUGGUGGGAGCAGUACCUCACCAUCCCCUGGCCUGAUGACUUCGCCCUGCUCUGUACCGCUUACAUCAAAGGCAAACAGGGGACAGCGCGGGCGGUGAGGGCGACGCUGCUUCGAUACGUCAACCUCUCCUGUGUUCUCACCUUCGCCAACAUCUCUCCCAAGGUGCACAAGAAGUUUCCCACACACAAGGAGAUGCUGGAAGCAGGCUACAUCACGCCCCACGAGAUGAGGAUCCUACAGGAGCAGAAGACCCGGACGAGCGUCUCCCUCGCCACGCUACCUCUGAUGUGGUCGUGCAAGGUGCUGGAGAGUGCCAGGUCGUCCGGCUUCGUCAGGGACGACUUCGGACUUCGGAUGUUGAUCGAAGAGGUCACCAAGCUGCGGAAUAAGGCAGGGAUGCUGGGCAGGUGGACAGACAUCAGCAUCCCUCUGGUGUAUACUCAGGUGGUGACGCUGGCUGUGUACUCCUUCUUCUUCUUCUCGGUGCUCGGGCGCCAGUUCUUGGACCCGGCUCAGAAAUACCCCAACCGGACCAUUGACUUUAUCGUGCCUAUCUUCACGCUGUUACAGUUCUUUUUCUAUAUGGGGUGGUUAAAGGUGGCCGAGUCGUUAGUCAACCCCUUCGGUGAGGAUGAUGACGACUUUGACCUUGACCUCAUACUCGAACGCCACCUUAAGAUGUCUUACCUGCUGGGAGACGUGACGCCGAGCGAGGACCCAGUGGAACUGGACGAUAUGUGCUGGGACAAGGUCAUCCCAGGGAUGUUUGGGAGGUCCACGGCCGACACGGGACUCUUGGGACAUGCUAAAGAUCCAGCUUGGGGCAGCCACUUCUGCAUGAACUUGGAGAAGGGUGACCUAGGCCGGAGUGAUUUGGGCCUUGGGAAGGUCAGCUUGGGGUGUGGUGACCCUAGACGUGGUGACCUGAGGUGUGGUGACCCGGGCAAGUGUUCGCCGGAGUUCAAGUCUGGGGGAAGCGAACUGGAGACUGUUAUUCUUACGCCUGAGCCGUCUCCUGAGGACCACUUCCAGUUUCUUUGGGAGGAGAUGGAUCUGAGUGGACCAUCAGAGCAGGCCAGAACCAGUGAGAACCAGACCCCUCUUGUCCCAGGUUCCAGCACCAGAGCUGAGGAUGGUGAGCAGGGUCACGGAAAUCUAGGUCCCAUCAUUCAGGGUAAUGCCAAUAGGGGCCACGCCAAUCAUGGUCACCUCAAUCAGGGCAAAGGCUAUCAGGACGGCGUCAAACAGGGUCUUGUAAAUCAAGCCAACUCAAUCCCGGCCAAUCAGGGUUCCAACAACCCUGGUUGUACCAAUCAGUGUCACAGCUGUCAACACGACCCAGGAACUCAUUUCCUGAGCAACAGACGUCGGUCAAUGAUAGACAGUGACUGUGUACUGGAAGGUGUUACCAACCCUAUGUAUACGGACUGAAGGGCGUAAGACCGAGCCCAAGGAACGGCCCCGAGCUGCCCCGUAGAGCGUCUUCCGCUUGUAAGAUGAUGAAUCCAGAGGCGAAGAAUACAGUCACCCCUGGUUAUACCAUAUGAACCAGGAGGCGGUGAUACAGUGAACCCAUGUCUACUGUAGGUACCAGUGGUUCACUCCUCUACAAGAACAAAGAGACGUCAGUAAACAGGACCCGGAUGAUAAGAACAGAUGUUCCUCUGUGGUCCUAUAUACACAACUGGCUGGGUCCACUACAUGGAAGGGUGAUAAAAUAUCACAUUGGGUAAAUCUACGAAAAUCCGAUUCAUGAAGCAAGUUAAUACAACAAUUGUAGUCUUUAAUUGAGAUCCAAAUGAGGACUUGUGGAACAGUACCAAAUGAGGACUUGUGGAACAGUAUCAAAUAAGGACUUGUGGAACAGUAUCAAAUGAGGACUUGUGGAACAGUAUCAAAUGAGGACUUGUGGAACAGUAUCAAAUGAGGACUUGUGGAACAGUACAAAGGGGAAAUGACAGCUGCUGAUCUGAAACUCUGAACUAAUCAGACGAACGAGAUUGAAGACUUUAGUGCUCACUAAUAAUGUCUAAAUAAAGAGCCCCCAUUCAAAGGCCUAUAAAAAGGUGUCCAUUUGAAAUGGCCAGAUAAAGGACCCAUUUCAAAGGCUUAGAAAAAAAUGUCCAUUUUUCCAUUCCUAGAUAAAAUAAAAACUAAUUUCUAAUUUUUAUAAAAAAGUGUUAAUUUUAAAUGCCUGUAUGAAGGGCCAAGUUGAGUGCAAUGGUAAUGACAGGUAGCCAGGAUAUGUACUUGGUUGUACCACAAGGAUAUGUACAUGGUUGUACCACAAGGAUAUGUACAUGGUUGUACCACAAGGAUAUGUACUUGGUUGUACCACAA